AUUUGAUCAGAUUGUGGAGUUUUUCCUUGUCUUGUCAAUGCGAGUGUAUCUCUCAUCCAGAUAGCCUGUUCUUCCUUGUUUGGGAAGUAUGGUCAAUGUAUGUAUGUACUAUCGAUCUUCAGCGUUCCCUUGAAUCUGAUGACUCUGGCGUUGGAUUUGUUUCUUUCAUGUGUUUUGUUCGUUCUGCUCAGUUGGAACUCUGGCUGGACGAGAUGCACUGCCAGCGUAUGCGCGAGUACUUACAUGGUUAGACCAGUAUACAGCAUUUCAAUACAACUAGAAUACCCCAGUUCCACUCGAGACAAAACGGAUGUAGAGAAAGGGGAAGUAGGACAUCUUUCGGUAAUCAAAAAUCAGGUUAGGAUUUAUGUAUGUACAAGUUACUGUUCUCCGGAUCUAUUAAACAAUGGCAACGAACAGUGAGAAAUGAAGCAAGACAAAAAAGGGGUAUAGAUCGAGAAUGGGAAAAAAAAAAAAAAUAAGGGUGAUGAAAGUAAGACAAACACGAACAGGGCGGACCGAUGCUUGAAUCACCCCCGAGCUGAAGAGAAUUUUGGAAGAUAUGUU